AAUGAAAUGAAAAAUAAUUAAUUAAUUGAAAUGAUAUCAAUAAAACUUAAUAAAAUUUAUAGACGUAGCAAGUGAGUUUGCUAGUUCAUAAGAAGUCACUCUACUACUCUUCAUUAACAAAUCCCGUUGAUUAGUUGGAGACGAAUUUCCUAAAAUAUUUCUUAUUAGAAAACAUAAAUACUUGUAUUGCCCAUCAAUUCAUGCUUUCUGCCUCAGCUUUCGACGCCUGGAGGACUAUUUAAAGAGGUGACCAUCAUUGCUUCAAAAAAAAAAAAAAAAAAAAUAUGGGAAUUGGUAUUGAUAUUGUCAAAGUGUCUAGAAUACGAAAGCUUCUUGAAAAAUCAAAGUUUACCGAGACACGAUUUCUAGAGAAAUGUCUUCAUCCAAAAGAGAUUCAACAGUAUCGUCUGUUGCAAGGCCCACAAAUUAACCAGGAUCAACGAGCCAAGUGGCUUGGUGUACGUUGGUCCGUAAAGGAAGCCGCGUUUAAAGCUUUACAGCCUACACAUUACAUUUACAUGCCAUUUAUGGAAUAUGCACACAAUGAACAAGGAAUGCCCGUGAUUAACAUUCACAAGCCCAACGUUAUUAUCCCGUCUCUUUCCGUUUCUAUAAGUCAUGAUGGCGAUUACAUUGUAGCAAACGCCCUCUAUCUUCCGUAAUAUCAACAAAUGAGUCUCCUACAAUUACUAUUUCUCAAGAUUUAUAAAAAGUCUUUAAUUCUGUUUCUUUCGAUUUUCCUUUUGUACCUACAAACAAAGAGGUCCACCCUUGGGUUUCGUUACAAUAUCUCCUGAAAAUAACGUAUCUAUCAAGAACUAAUUGUCAUAGUACAAGAAACUAGGUGCUUACGAAGCGCGCGAUUUCAGAAUACUUUAGCAGCGCACCUUUUACAGUUCAAUGUAUAGCUGGAGGUUAUUCAUAACAUCUUCUCGGGGUCAAUUAGACGCAUUGUUUUAACAUAUUGCGACAGUCGAAGCAUAUCCUUUGGAGGUUACCAAACUGAGACAUCGAGCGCGCUCUACGAAUAUAAACUCUUUUGAAUUUCGUGAAUCAUUACUAGUCGUAGGUGUGACGAUAUUAAAUGAGCAUUACAAAUGGUUCUUUUACUCUUGGAAAGCAUGAAGUUUGGAAAUUCGGUGACGUCUCAAUGCUAUUGUUGACGUACAAAGACAACUAUCCUCGAAUUUGUGAUGGUACAUUCAUGCAAACAAAGCGGACACGAUGAAUUCCUAGUCAUCGUAAUCGACAUUCAUAUGUAAAAAUAGGUAGAAAAGGAAAAAAAGGAAUCUUCUUGUUUCAGUCAUUAUCAAAGGGAAAGCAUCGCAAGCCCAUGGGACAGUCGUUACAACAAAACUCUAAACAAUUUUAUCAUCAGCUAAUUGUAUUGACUGUAAUAUUCAUACGAAUAAUCAAAAUUGAUUUAUAUUCUAAUUUCUUAAUGACAGCCAUAAAAAUUGAAUGAAGCUAAGGCAUAUGUGAAUUAGACAAAAAUUUCGCUUACUACCUUCUUAAUUGCUUAUAUCUACAGCACACUUUUGACUUUCGCUUAUAAUAGUAAUAUUCUCAAAUGAAAUUGGACGAACACAUAGAUGUCAUCAUUCUACUAUUUGUUUAUUUACACGUUUCCUAUGCUGAAAAAUAAAAAUUAAAAUAAAGAAUUAUUGUAUCCGG